AUGGAUAAAAAUGGAUCACGAAAUGGAAACAGGACCCGGAAAGAUUUGGAUUUACGGAUUGGAACAUGGAAUAUAAGAACGCUUUUUAAACUAGACGCACUGAAAUGUAUGAUGGAUGAAAUCAUAAGAUAUAAAAUCCCCAUAGUAGCCAUACAGGAGGUUCGAUGGCUCAAUAGUGGUAGCAUACAAAGUGGCAAAUCAAUAAUUUUCUACAGCGGUCUACAAACAGAUGACGAGGAAAAAAAUAGUUUCUAUGAUACGUUAGAAGCAACUUUUGAUCUAUUGCCCAAAAACUGUAUAAGGUUAAUUGUCGGAAAUUUAAAUGCUCAAAUUGGAAACAUCAUUUGGACAAACGAUUGUAAAAGAAAACUGGCAUCCUACCACAAAUGGCAAUGGUCACAAAAUAGUUGA